CAGACGGACCCAGUAAAGAUGAUUCCGUGGAUGUGGAUGUUAAUGAGCUUGAGUCUAGCCAUCACCGACAGCUUGGUCAGGGGCGGUGACCAGUUCCCAGUACGGAACACCACGUACGGGCAGAUUCGGGGCUAUAUUUACAGACGUCCCAACGGGGCAGAGGUGGAGAGAUACAUGGGCGUACCCUAUGCCAAACCUCCAACAGGAAACCUAAGGUUCCAGGUAAGGCCUGCUAGCUAUGCUACGAUAUUUUCACUGAUCUUUCAACCUACAUGUAGCAGAGACUGGGGAAUUCCCAGGACAACAACAACAACCAAAUCAAGGCUAGAGAUGAUGUCCAUACAAAUGUCACCGAGAGUAAUUUAACGAAAUACAUAAUUCAAAGCAAUUUUUGAAGUUAACCAUUUUCGUGGUAUUACAGUAACUUUAUUUGUAGUCAACCAUUUGUGUGGUGCUACAGUAAAAUUAUUUCUAGUCCUACAUUUGCGUGGUACUACAGCAACUUUAUUUGUAGUCCUAUAUUUGCGUGGUACUACAGUAACAUUAUUUGUAGCAAAACAUGUGUGUGGUACUACAAUAACAUUAUUUGUUGCCAAACAUGUGUGUGGUACUACAGUAACAUUAUUUGUAGCCAAACAUUUGUGUGGUAAUUCAGUAACAUUAUUUCUAGUCAAACAUUUUGCGUGGUACUACAGUAACGAUAUUUGUAGUCGAACAUUUGUGUGGUACUAAAAUAACAUUAUUUGUACCCAAACAUUUGUAUGGUGCUAUAGUAACAUUAUUUGCAUUCACAAAUUUGCCGGGUAAUACCGUAACAUAUUUUGUAGCCCAACAUUUGAGUGGUACUACAGUAGCAUGAUUUGUAGUCAACCAUUUGCUUGGUACUUCAGUUAAAUUAUUUGUAGUCAAAAAUUUGUGUGGUACUACAGUAACAUUAUUUGUAGUCAAACAUUUGCUUAUUUCUACAGUACAGCUUAUUUCUAGUCCAACAAUCGGCGUGGUACUACAGUAACAUUAAUUGUAUCCAGUUGUAUCCAAUUUAGUUGUAUAUAUCUGUUGUUUGCUUUAAAAUUCAACAUUCGAACAUACUCCCCCUUGUUGUUGUGUUGUGUUUUGUUUUGAAGUUCGCCCUUCACAUGCGAAGAUGACCAAGGCUACAUUACACGGUGAGCACGCAGGUGGCCUGCCAGUCCUAUUUGUGCCUUGAAAGCUUUCCCGCACGUGGGGCACACGUUGUUUUGUGUCCUAGUUGGAUUUUGAGUCACUUCUGUUUUUUUUUCUCGCCAUGCGCUGUUUUGGGUGUGAGAUGUGCACCACUUCUCUGAGGAUCGUACUCCGACAGCUAGGACGGUCCUUGGCAAACGUCUCCCACGAAUCAAGGUCAAUGGCCGUGGGGAGACGCCCACUCAUUCGGGUGUGAAGGUCAGGGCGUGACUUUCCAUAUGACAAUCAGAACAGGAUUUUAAAAUAGUUUAUAUUGUCUUCGGCGAACAAGUUUUCGUGUCCAGUGAUCUAGUUUCAUACCGGUUAUCAUGCCGGUUGAUUUAGUUUCAUACCGGUUGUCUUGUCCAGUGAUCUAGUUUCAUACCGGUUAUCAUGCCGGUUGAUUUAGUUUCAUACCGGUUGUCUUGUCCAGUGAUCUAGUUUCAUACCGGUUAUCGUGUCCAGUGAUCUAGUUUCAUACCGGUUAUCGUGUCCAGUGAUCUAGUUUCAUACCAGUUAUCGUGCCCAGUGAUCUAGUUUCAUACCGGUUAUCGUGUCCAGUGAUCUAGUUUCAUACCAGUUUUCGUGCCCAGUGAUCUAGUUUCAUACCGGUUAUCGUGUCCAGUGAUCUAGUUUCAUACCGGUUAUCGUGUCCAGUGAUCUAGUUUCAUACCGGCUAUCAUGUCCAGUGAUCUAGUUUCAUACCAGUUUUCGUGUCCAGUGAUCUAAUUUCAUACCGGUUUUCGUGUAUAGUGAUCUAGUUUCAUACCGGUUAUCAUGCCGGUUGAUUUAGUUUCAUACCGGUUGUCUUGUCCAGUAAUCUAGUUUCAUACCGGUUAUCGUGUCCAGUGAUCUAGUUUCAUACCGGUUAUUGUGUCCAGUGAUCUAGUUUCAUACCGGUUAUCGUGUCCAGUGAUCUAGUUUCAUACCAGUUAUCGUGCCCAGUGAUCUAGUUUCAUACCAGUUAUCGUGUCCAGUAAUCUAGUUUCAUACCGGUUAUCGUGUCCAGUGAUCUAGUUUCAUACCAGUUUUCGUGUCCAGUGAUCUAGUUUCAUACCGGUUAUCGUGUCUGGUUUCAUUUUACAAGAUCCCUAACGGUAGUUGAAAUCUAUUAUUAGAACUGUCAGGACAACUCUCUACCUAUCAAGUCUUCAUUCGACAGCAUGUUACGAUAGCUUUCCCCUGUAAUUUCUAGCCCCCACCGGUUCCUGAUAAUAUUGAUUUAUAAUGAAAUUAAUACUUUUAAAAAAAAAUUGUUUGAAAUUAUGGAUUUUAAAAGAAAAGUGUUCUCUUUAAAUAAAAAUAAAAAAGUUAAAUAUAGUGCCAUCUUUGAAGGGUGGCGUUACCGGGUAAACUUCAAUUUAGCAUUCUUAAUUAGGACACAGUUACCAGGUAAACUUCAAUUUAGCAUUCUUAAUUAGGACACAGUUACCAGGUAAACUUCAAUUUAGCAUUCUUAAUUAGGACACAGUUACCAGGUAAACUUUAAUUUAGCAUUCUUAAUUAGGACACAGUUACCAGGUAAAAUUUAAACAAAUGGUCGAAUGGUAAAUGUACAGACCUGGUCAGCUAUUUUUAAAUCCUUUUUAUUAAUUUCACUUUUGUUCCUUAGUGGCAUGCUGGCCGUCUUGCUUGCUGGCAAACUCUUCAGACGGCUAAUCGACCACUUCCCCAUCAACCACGUCUCUCGAAAACGAGUCUAUGUGCCAAGUUUCAGCUCGAUAGGUUGACAGGAAGUGGGUCAAUUAGCUGUCCAAAUAUUCAGUCCUAUACCCACAAAGUCAAAGUUAAUCAAAAGGAUUUUAAAAAUUGCAGAGAAAGGAUUUCUACAGAAACACUUUGUUUUUAGGGGUUGCUUCAUCAACUUGCCCAAGUGUCUAAAUACGUCACAUGGGGAAACGGUAUUGGUGGGCCGUCGAGCGUGAGCUCUUAAUGCCCCCCUCCCCCGGGCACACCUCCACAUGGGCCAGACGCCGGAUCUCCAGACCGUGCGGCGGCACGCCUCCCUUCCCCCUGGCCCGGGGGUCGUCCGGUCGACCGAAAACGCAUCGUUCAAAGCGUUCGCAGUCGACUCUCCCAGAGGGUCUGGGCGGCUUUGCUUUGACUCCGGGGGAAAAUGUGUGGCGUUACCUCCCCCUACCCCACCCAGGGAGUCUUUCGGCCGGUACAAAAAGCAUGGACGAAACGGUUGCCUAGGAGCAGCUUUCUCACGGCUGCCUAGGAGCAGCUUUCUCACGGCUGCCUAGGAGCAGCUUUCUCACGGCUGCCUAGGAGCAGCUUUCUCACGGCUGCCUAGGAGCAGCUUUCUCACGGCUGCCUAGGAGCAGCUUUCUCACGGCUGCCUAGGAGCAGCUUUCUCACGGCUGCCUAGGAGCAGCUUUCUCACGGCUGCCUAGGAGCAGCUUUCUCACGGCUGCGUAGCUAAAAUCAUCGCCAUGCGCUUUUUAAAAAAAAAUUAUUUACCGUCACCCAAGCCUCAUAUCCAUGAGCGGCAACAAUUAAUCAUGUUAUUGUGUUGCUACUCCCGUUGUGUUGGGAGUCAUGCGGUCGGCCGAGGUUUUUGGCUUCGUGUGGACAAGUCCACCCUACAAGUCCGCCACGCCGAGAAGAGGCGAACCCCCAUGUGGACGCCCUCAAGUUUCCUCGGGGGCGCUUCCGCUCUCGUGCUAAAAGGUCACACGUAUAGUAUAAUAGAGCAAAGUUGUAGGACGAAUAAGAAAGCCAAGGUAGAAUGCUUACAUAUGCUUACAUAUGCACACAUUACCAUGCAACAAAAUGAUUGCACCCGAAACAUUAAGCCGACAUUAUAUCUAUUAAUAUCCAUUGAACAAUACUAAAGCUAGAUCUAAUUUCUAUAGAACAAGGAAACAACUAAGUCAUCACGAUAAUGGCACUUCUGUAUUUUUUAAAAAAAGUUUCUACUCCUAUAACUACUUACUACCUCUUUCUUCUUCUCCUUUCCUCUCUCUGUCACUCUGUUUUUCUGUCUUCCUGUCACCGUUUCUCUGUCUCUCUGUCUGUCUCUCUUUCUUUCUUUCCAUCUUUCUUUCUCUCUCUCUCUCUCUCUCCCUCUUUCUAUUUUUCUCUCUUUGUCUCUUUCUCCCUCUAUCUAUACCGCCCUCUUUCUUUCUUUCUUUUAUUCUUUCUUUCUCUCUCUCACCCCUCUCCUCUCUUUCUCUCUCUCUCUCUCUCUCUCUCUCUCUCUCUCUCUCUCUCUCUCUCUCUCACACUUUUUAUCCAUAUGUUAUCNAAUGACAAUCCCGACAGACUACGUAGCCGAUGAUCUUCAAUAGACAGACGUCAAGGGCAUUGACCAUCACAAGUUCACUCAUUUGAAUAAACACUUUUUUUUUCUAAUUUGUAAGACGCAGUUCCCAUAACAUUCUUCCUCAGCUGUGACGGCAGAACCAAACUGUCAAGGAAUUACUGAAAUGUUUCCUUAAAAACAAUUUUCACCUGAGGGAGACCACGUUGUUUAUCCCGUGUCAAUGGGGGAGGCUAGGGGGGAAUUAUUUAAACGAAGUUAAUUUGUAUACAGUUCACAAUGGAAGCUGGGGGCGGUGUGUUUAAAGAUACGAAAACAGGGGCGCUUUGUGGAAAGGGGGGGGGGGGCGGGGGGCUUGGGGGAAUUUGUGAAAGGGUUGUUUUUUUUGUGUUUUUUUUUUUUUUUUUUUUUUUUUUUUGUGUGGUUUACUGAGUAGUAGGUCAACCCUUUCGAGAAGUGGUUCUAAACCUUUGUAAUAUCAUGCCCAUACUAUUGAGCGACGAUAAUUCUUAUAAAUUGGGGGAAAAAAAACGUUUUUUGCGACUUUAAAAGUGGGUAGGGGUAUUAUUUACUGUCAUCGACUGAGUCAUCACUGUCAAUUUCUGACCACAGGGGGUCGCGACUCAAUGGUUGAGAACUCCCCCCCCCCCGGCCCCACCUGUCUUUAGAGCAUUCGAUGGAGCCCGUUGUCAUGGGGAUCGUAAAAUGUGUUUGUGUGUGCAGUCGCAGCCGUAUACAAGUGUUUGAGAGAUAUGAGCGCUGCAAGUGUUAGUGCAACAUGUUUGUGUUGGAGGUGAACGUGGUUAUGUAUACCAUCCGCCUAUAUAAUGCCAGUAUGUAUAAUAUAGAAAUGUGUAUAACGCCAACGUGAGAAUCGCUCUCGUGAUAGACUUGAGGUAAAUGUUUGUUGAGGGUAGACUUGGUGAGCUCUAUAUUGUACUAAUAAUGUAUAUAAUAUACCCGGGUUUUCUCGGGGUUGUAUUCGGAAAAUAAUCUCAUAAAGCGUUAUAAGCGAACAUAUUAUCCAAAACACUUCGCCUUCGCUCGAGUUCAUAUUCAAAUUUUAAUUUUCGCGUAUAAAAUCCCAGAUUUAUAAUAAUUAUUGUAAACAUUGAAUUUUGGAGCCAACCAAUUUCAGUUAAUAUCCCUGAAAUCUGAGGGCCUGCCAUUGUCCUGAGUGCCUGCCAUUGUACUGAGGGCCUGCCAUUGUACUGAGAGCCUGCCAUUGUAAGGAGUGCCUGCUAUUUUAUGGAGUGCCUGCGAUUGUACUGAGGGCCUGCCAUUGUCCUGAGUGCCUGCCAUUGUACUGAGGGCCUGCCAUUGUACUGAGAGCGUGCCAUUGUACGGAGUGCCUGCCAUUUUAUGGAGUGCCUGCCAUUGAACUGAGGGCCUGCCAUGUUCUGAGAGCCUGCCAUUUUACGGAGUGCCUGCCAUUUUAUGGAGGGCCUGCCAUUGUACUGAGAGCCUGCCAAUAAACUGAGUACCUGACGUUGUACGGAUUGUCGGUCACUGCAUGGAGUUCCUGCCAUUGUACUGGGGUGUCUGCCAUUGUACCGGGUGUUUGCCAUUGUACCGGGUGUCUGCCAUUGAAUGGAAUGCCUGUAAUUGUACUACCGUGUGAUGAUACUGUAACACUACCGUGUGGUGACACUGUAACACUACCGUGUGAUGACACUGUAACACUACCGUGUAAUAACACUGUAACACUACCGUGUGAUGACACUAUAACACUACCGUGUGAUGACACUGUAACACUACCGUGUAAUAACACUGUAACACUACCGUGUGAUGACACUAUAACACUACCGUGUGAUGACACUGUAACACUACCGUGUAAUAACACUGUAACACUACCGUGUGAUGACACUAUAACACUACCGUGUGAUGACACUGUAACACUACCGUGUAAUAACACUGUAACACUACCGUGUGAUGACACUAUAACACUACCGUGUGAUGACACUGUAACACUACCGUGUAAUAACACUGUAACACUACCGUGUGAUGACACUAUAACACUACCGUGUGAUGACACUGUAACACUACCGUGUGAUGACACUGUAACACUACAGUGUGAUGACACUAUAACACUACCUUGUGAUGACAUUAACACUAUCGUGUGAUGACACUGUAACACUAUCGUGUGAUGACACUAUAACACAACAGUGUGAUGACACUGUAACACUACCGUGUGAUGACACUAUACCACUACCGUGUGAUGACACUAUAACACUACCGUGUGAUGACACUGUAACACUAUCGUGUAAUCACACUGUAAAACUAUCGCGUAAUGACACUGUAACACUACCGUGUGAUGACACUAUAACACUACCUUGCGAUGACAUUAACACUAUCGUGUGAUGACACUGUAACACUUACCGUGUGAUGACACUGUAACACUACCUUGUGAUGACACUGUAACACUACCUUGUGAUGACAUUGACACUACCGUGUGAUGACACUGUAACAUUAUCGUGUGAUGACACUGUAACACUAUCGUUUGAUGACACUGUAACACUAUCGUGUGAUGACACUGUAACACUACCGUAUGAUGACACUAUAACACUACCGUGUGAUGACACUAUAACACUACCUUGUGAUGACAUUAACACUAUCGUGUAAUCACACUGUAAAACUAUCGCGUAAUGACACUGUAACACUACCGUGUGAUGACACUGUAACACUACCUUUGAUGACACUGUAACACUACCUUGUGAUGACAUGGACACUACCGUGUGAUGACACUGUAACAUUAUCGUGUGAUGACACUGUAACACUAUCGUUUGAUGACACUGUAACACUAUCGUGUGAUGACACUGUAACACUACCGUGUGAUGACACUGUAACCAUACCGUGGGAUGACACUGUAACCAUACCGUGGGAUGACACUGUAACACUACCGUGAGAUGACACUAUAACACUACCGUGUGAUGACACUGUAAAACUAUCGUGUGGUGACACUAUAACACUACCGUGUGAUGACACUGUAAAAAUAUCGUGUGAUUACACUGUAACACUAUCAUGUGAUGACACUGUAACACUACCGUGUGAUGACACUGUAACACUACCGUGUGAUGACACUGUAACACUAUCGUGUAAUGACACUGUAACACUAUAGUGUGAUGACACUGUAACACUAUCGUGUGAUGACACUGUAACACUAUCAUAUGAUGACACUGUAACACUACCGUGUGAUGAUACUGUAACACUACCGUGUGAUGACACUGUAACACUACCGUGUGAUGACACUGUAACACUACCGUGUGAUGACACUGUAACACUACCGUGUGAUGACACUGUAAAACUAUCGUGAAAAGACACUGUAACACUACCGUGCGAUGACACUGUAACACUACCGUGUGAUGACACUGUAGCACUACCGUGUGAUGACACUAUAACACUACCUUGCGAUGACAUUAACACUAUCGUGUGAUGACACUGUAACACUUACCGUGUGAUGACACUGUAACACUACCUUGUGAUGACACUGUAACACUACCGUGUGAUGACAUUGAAACUACCGUGUGAUGACACUGUAACAUUAUCGUGUGAUGACACUGUAACACUAUCGUUUGAUGACACUGUAACACUAUCGUGUGAUGACACUGUAACACUACCGUAUGAUGACACUAUAACACUACCGUGUGAUGACACUAUAACACUACCUUGUGAUGACAUUAACACUAUCGUGUAAUCACACUGUAAAACUAUCGCGUAAUGACACUGUAACACUACCGUGUGAUGACACUAUAACACUACCUUGCGAUGACAUUAACACUAUCGUGUGAUGACACUGUAACACUACCGUGUGAUGACACUGUAACACUACCUUGUGAUGACACUGUAACACUACCUUGUGAUGACAUUGACACUACCGUGUGAAGACACUGUAACACUAUCUUGUGAUGACACUGUAGCACUACCGUGUGAUGACAUUGUAACACUACCGUGUGAUGACACUGAAGCACUACCGUGUGAUGACACUGAAGCACUACCGUGUGAUGACACUGUAGCACUAACGUGUGAUGACACUGUAACACUACCGUGUGAAGACACUGUAACACUACCGUGUGAUGACACUGUAGCACUACCGUGUGAUGACACUGUAGUACUACCGUGUGAAGACACUGUAACACUACCGUGUGAUGACAAUGUAGCACUACCGUGUGAUGACACUGUAACACUACCGUGUGAUGACACUGUAACACUAACGUGUGAUGACACUGUAGCACUACCGUGUAAAGACACUGUAGCACUACCGUGUGAUUACUCUGUAACACUACCGUGUGAUGACACUGUGACACAACUGUGUAAAGACACUGUUACAAUACCGUGUGAUGACACUUUAUCCCUACCGCGUAAUGACACUGUAACACUACCGUGUGAUUAUCGAUACAACUGAGAGAAAACAUUAUUUUGUUAAGUAUUUAAGAAGAUAAAUGUACAACACAUACAUAUUUUAAUGUAUGAAUUGUAAUCUAAUAUGGACCGAAAUUGCUCCGUGUUUAACAAGUGAUGCCUUUGAGACAUGGCUGUCCUCAUGAAAUGCAAAAAACCAUAGCUGGACUACUUACUGUUUGGGGCUGAAUCUCAAACGUGUGUUUCUCCCUUUUCCCAAACACACAUAUUAUAUUAAGGUGGUAUUAAAAAAUUAAAAACGAACUCUAGAUCCUUAAAUCUCUAUGUAUACGUCAAAACACUCUUUAUAACUGCCACUGAACUAUGUGGUACUUGUGGUAAUGUGCACCUCCCCAUGCACCACGCAAUGAACUGUGGUUUAUUAAAAUGGUACAGCGUUUCUUUUAAAUUUUGUAAAAGAAUCCUGUUUCAUUAAACAGCGAAUCUUGUGCUUGGGUUUGCAUUCAGAAAGAAAUCUUCUAAAGCAGUGGUCUCAGCCUUUACACAGGAAUCACCAAAGAUAACACAUAUUUAUAACGUAGCAAAGAAAAGAAUUUUAUAUUUGAGGGGACACUACAACAUGAGAAACUGCAUUAAAGAGUCUCGGGGGGGCAUAUUUAUAACGUAGCAACGAAAAGAAUUUUAUAUUUUAGGGGUCACUACAACAUGAGAAACUGCAUUAAAGGGUCGCGGGGCAUUAGGAAGGUUGAGAACCAUUUUAAAGUCUAAAGCGUGAGCAGCGAACACGUAAAUGUAGGGACCCGUCAAAAACCAAUUCGCAAAGAUUGGCCUAGACCAGUGGUCGGCAAGUCGCGGCUCGCGAGCCACAUGCGGCUCUUUAAGGACGUGAAUGCGGCUCGGCCAGUCGGCCACAAAUGGGUUUUCACUCCGAAAAACAUGGUUCCUGACAGGUUCUUGAAAACAAUUUUGGCUCUCAAAAAAAUGUUUAAUCGUCCUGCUGCUGACUUUUUGGCGCUUUUGACUAAUGAGUUUGCCGACCACUGGCCUAGAUGCAACAAUUUACUUAGAAGCUUGCAUCGUUAACCAAACCUUCUUGUGUAGCUUUGGCUGUUAUAAGGAAAAUACACUUCGCAACCUCCUACACUCGUUUGGAACUUUCUAGAAACUUACAAAAGAUCUUUAAAUCUGAUUUCAUAACUUUUGAGGAACAAUCAUAGGCACUUAAAGAAACAUAUUUUUUUUCAAAAUAACAUAAAAAGUACAUUUAUAUAAUCUCAAACUCCUUAUUAAAAAAAAAAAAAUCGAAUGUUCUAGAAUAAGAAGUUUCAAGAAACUUACAACAGAUAUUUUACCCGAUACUGGGGAAAUUUCCAGGCAAGUUCAGAAAUCUAUAAGGCUGAACUAAAAUGUUCAUCAAUUCGUAGAUCCCAAUUGGAAUGUUCAUACCAUUUCAAAACUACUUUGAACACUAUAGAGCUUGAUGGCAAUUUCUAUAAAAAAAAUUUCAUUCAAACUUUCUAAUAAUUUGUAGAAAUGGCCUCCCCUUCUUAUGUAGGCAUUAUCUUGAGGCUGAAACAUCGCCAGCUAAGUGACGUCACACUAUUGUUUCCCAUUCAAGUCACCAUAAGGACGCCAGUGGGGGGCCCGUUUUAGAAUAAGACGUUUUAAUUAUCUCUAAAUAAUUCAUCAGAUAAAUAGCCAAGUAAAUAAUGUUUUACUUAGGCUGUCCCAUUAAGAUCGUUUGAAAAAAAAAAAAUGUAAGUCAUAUAGCGUACGUGAGUGAGAUAAAAUUAACAUCCCUGGGCCCAGAGAGUGGUGAAUAUUAUAUCAAAACCCACCAGUUUUUCGAUAUCGAUUUUCAAGUGCAUUUUUACCCAUAAUUUCGUCUAUCCACUGAGUAUAAUUUUAUUUAAAUGGCUGAUAUUAGAAAAACAACAACCUUAUCUUUCACAUUUUUUAUAUUGGAAAACGAACAAACAUUAUUUUAAGAAAUACGUAGAUUCUUUUCAUUUUUUACCAUUGGUGAAGCUCUGGCUAUUAUACAGAAAAUACAUUGUAAAGCCCCCGACACUCAUUUGGAACUUAAAAUUAGAUUUCGAAACAUUUGGGGAAAAUUAUAGAGAAUUAUAGAACAUACUAAACAUUAAAGGGACCUCCAAAAAUACUACCGAGUUAAUUUCUUGACAAACUUGUUGUGUUUUUAAUGUAAGAAGAAUGUAAAUGAACAACAUGUAAAUAGUUUAAUUGAAAAACAAACUCUCGCAAACUCUCACAAACUCUCACAAGGUAUCACAAACUCUCACAAACUCUCACAAGUUCUCAAAAACUCUCACAAACUCUCACAAGCUCCUACAAACUCUCACAAACUCUCACAAGUUCUCACAAACUCUCACAACCUCUCACAAACUCUCACAAGCUCUCACAAACUCUCACAAACUCUCAAAAACUCUCACAACCUCUCACAAACUCUCACAAACUCUCACAAAGUCUCACAAGCUCUCAAAAGUUCUCACAAAAUCUCACAAACUCUCACAAACUUUCACAAACUCUCACAAAAUCUCACAAACUCUCACAAACUUUCACAAACUCUCACAAACUAUCACAAACUCUCACAAACUCUCACAAACUCUCACAAAGUCUCACAAGCUCUCAAACGUUCUCAAAAACUCUCACAAACUCUCACAAAUUCUCACAAACUCUCACAACCUCUCACAACCUCUCACAAACUCUCACAAAAUCUCACAAGUUCGCACAAACUCUCACAAGCUCUUACAAGUUCUCACAAACUCUCACAAACUCUCACAAGCUCUCACAAACUCUCACAAGUUCUCACAAACUCUCAUACGUUAUCACAAACUCUCACAAACUCUCACGAGCUCUCACAAACAUGGUCACGCUGACCUUUAUGUAGUGGAUAGUGUUGUAACCAAAUGAUUCCUACAACUGUGGAUGUUAACAAAUGAUUCCUACAACUGUGGAUGUUAACAAAUGAUUCCUACAACUGUGGAUGUUAACAAAUGAUUCCUACAACUGUGGAUGUUAACAAAUGAUUCCUACAACUGUGGAUGUUAAGAAAUGAGUAAAAAAAAAAUUCAUUUGCCUAUCUUGCCAUGCUAUCCCCCCUCAUCUGUCUAGAGCAGUGGUUCUCAACAAUGUGGUCGCCUAAAACCAUUGGUAAACAAAACUUGUUUAUGAAGUAGCAACAAAAAUAAUUUUAUGGUUUGGGGGGGGGGGGGGGGGGGGGGGGAGGGUCACCACAACAUGAAGAACUGUAUUAAAGGGUCGCGGCAUUAGGAAGGCUGAGAACCGCUGGCCUAGAGGUUCACUCUAGUCUUCUUAAGCUUUGAACGUUUCAAUUAUACAUAAGAUGAGGGGAUAUUUUAGCAGCGUCAACUAUAAUUCCAUAAAGUCAUCGGCGGUUUACUUCAACUAAGUAACUUUGUACAUGAACAAAUUAGUCUGGAGUGUAACACAAUACGGAAGUGUAGCAUUUGUUUUCACUGAUCUUUUUUUUAAGCCACCAAGGUGUAGUAAGUGGAGUAGAUGGUAAGAUGGUACAGACUUGCAACGUUCCUCUUGCACCGAGGUGUAGUAAGUAGGAGUAGAUGGUAAGAUGGCACAGACUUGCAACGUUCCCCUUGCACCGAGGUGUAGUAAGUAGGAGUAGAUGGUAAGAUGGCACAGACUUGCAACGUUCCCCUUGCACAGUAUUUACACUAAAUCAGGAGAUGUGAAAACUCUUGAGGACUUCCAAGAAAUGUGUCAGAAAAUGGUGCUGACGAAUCCAUUCUGUUGGGAUAGGGUUGGAAAUAGAGGCUAAGAUUAAAGAGCUUUGCACAGAAUUGAAAAAAAACUAAAGACUUUUGUGGUUGGUUAUACAAGCGAACCCGGGCAGUAAUCAACACCCACCCCCCCCCCCCCUUUUUUUUCUCCCCAAAUCAAUUGCGUGCCUGAUGGCUAGUGAUCCCAGCGCAUUUACGUUACACAACAUGGGCUAAAAAUAGCAAGUUGAUCUCUCUGUUUCUAGUUUGGUCACGUGGAAUCGAUUCUAAUCCCCAAUUUAAAAAAAAGAAAGGAAAAAGACUUACCCUCCUAAAUUUGGCGACGGCUUAGAGUCCGGUUUAGACAAAGACUUUCUCUCUGUGCAAAGAAACGGAGUGUGGCAUGAGAGGUAUUGUUGUUAUGUCGAUGAGGGGUAUUGUUGAGAUGUCGAUGAGGGGUAUUGUUGUUAUGUCGAUGAGAGGUAUUGUAGAGAUGUUGAUGAGAGGUAUUGUUGAGAUGUUGAUGAGAGGUAUUGUUGUUAUGUCGAUGAGAAGUAUUGAUGUUAUGUCGAUGAGGGGUAUUGUUGAGAUGUCGAUGAGGGGUAUUGUUGAGAUGUCGAUGAGAGGUAUUGUAGAGAUGUUGAUGAGAGGUAUUGUAGAGAUGUUGAUGAGAGGUAUUGUUGUUAUGUCGAUGAGAAGUAUUGAUGUUAUGUCGAUGAGAGGUAUUGUUGAGAUGUUGAUGAGAGGUAUUGUAGAGAUGUUGAUGAGAGGUAUUGUUGUUAUGUCGAUGAGAAGUAUUGAUGUUAUGUCGAUGAGAGGUAUUGUAGAGAUGUUGAUGAGAGGUAUUGUAGAGAUGUUGAUGAGAGGUAUUGUUGUUAUGUCGAUGAGAAGUAUUGAUGUUAUGUCGAUGAGAGGUAUUGUUGAGAUGUUGAUGAGAGGUAUUGUAGAGAUGUUGAUGAGAGGUAUUGUUGUUAUGUCGAUGAGAAGUAUUGAUGUUAUGUCGAUGAGAGGUAUUGUUGAGAUGUUGAUGAGAGGUAUUGUUGUUAUGUCGAUGAGAAGUAUUGAUGUUAUGUCGAUGAGAGGUAUUGUUGAGAUGUUGAUGAGAGGUAUUGUUGAGAUGUUGAUGAGAGGUAUUGUUGAGAUGUUGAUGAGAGGUAUUGUUGUUAUGCCGAGGAGAGGUAUUGUUGAUAUGUUGAUGAGAGGUAUUGUUGUUAUGUCGAUGAGAGCUUUGUUGUUAGUCAAUGAGAGGUAUUGUUGUUAUGUCGAUGAGAGGUAUUGUUGAUAUGUUGAUGAGAGGUAUCGUUGUUAUGUCGAUGAGAGGUAUUGUUGUUAUGUCGAUGAGAGGUAUUGUUGAUAUAUCUAUGAGCCGUAUUGUUUUUGAUAUGUCGAUGAGAGGUAUUGUUGAUAUAUUUAUGAGCCGUAUUGUUUUUGAUAUGUCGAUGAGAGGUAUUGUUGAUAUAUUUAUGAGCCGUAUUGUUUUUGAUAUGUCGAUGAGAGGUAUUGUUGAUAUAUUUAUGAGCAGUAUUAUUUUUGAUAUGUUGAUGAGUGGUGUUUUUGAUGAUGUGCUGCUCAUAGGCAAUGUUCCCUUGAAGCUGCGUGGCUGCGCGGCCGCGCAGCUAUCUCACAGAAGCCGCACAGCAGUUUUGAAUAUCUGCGCAGCCAACUUACCCAUAAGUGUGUUUUUGUGUUUGUGGGCUGUAAUAUUUUGCACACACAAAAAUUGAUGCUGUAAGACUUUGCACACAACUGUAUUAUUUUGCACACGAACCAUCAAACCUUAUAGGGACCAUUGCUCAGAGGUAUUGUUGAUGAUAAUUUUAUGAGAAGCAUUGUUGAUGAUAUGUUGAUCUGAGGCAUUAGUGAUGAUAUGUUGAUCUGAGGUAUUUUUGUUGAUAUGUUGUUACAAUGUAUGAUGUUCGUUGAUUUAGAUAUCUGAUCCCAGAUAGACCAUUUGUUUUUUAAAAAAAUGUGUAAAAUUGCUUUGUAUAACGGCCUACAGGUGCAGACAGAUUUACCUGGAAGGCUAAGGCGUAUAACUGUAGCUGGCAUAAUAGUGCAUUCAAUAAGCAAAAUAAAGAACUGAAGAUAAGAAGAUAUUCUUGAAACCUAAUUAUGUAAUUUUAAGAAAUAAUGACAGGGUGGAGAGUAGCAUGAAAAGGGACAACAGAGAAAAAAGCAGAUGUUUCGGGUAAGAACCCUUCGACAGCAAAAAUACCCAGAUAGACAAACUCAAGUGAUACAGAUAUUUAUGACUUAUUUUUUUCCACGCAGUCCUCCUGGUAUUACACUAAUGUCUGUUUAUCACAUGCCGAUUGUCAGAGUCAGAUUUAGACGCAAUUGUGAAAUGCUUUUUGCUAUGAGGAUCUAUUUCUAUUUCGCCUUACCUCCCCACUUAUCUACCCCAAGUCCCCCCCCACUUAUGCUGUCAUUCUGAUCCACCCCAGGCCCCCCCUCACUUAUGCUUUCAUCCUGAUCCACCCCACCCCCACUUGUACUCCCAUCUGGCACCCCACCACCAUCUCCCUUAUCAUUGGCUGGACCUCCCUUUCUUUGAUUGUGCUGCACUGCGUUGCAGUUGUACCUCGAUUAUUUUAUGGUAAAAAAUCCGAUAUUUCCCUGUUUGUAAUGUUAGAAUUAACUCUAGACUGGAUGUGCCACGCCCAUUGGAGAAGAAACGAAAUGUUAUUAUUAAAUAUUGCACAGAGAUUGAUGGAUAAAAAGCACACAUUUUAGUACAUUAUAUAGUUUGCUAUACAAUGGGGAUUAAGAGUACCCGGGUUGCACCUUAUUUCAUUAUUGGCAUUAUAGUUCUUUGAAUUAAUCUCGUUUCAUUUCUUCAUUAUCUAUUAUGUUAUUUCCUUCCGUUAAAACUAUGUACUUUUACCAAAAAUCUAAGAUCAUAUAUAGUAAUCUGUUAUAUUUAAACGUUGCUGAUCAUGUUAUGCUACAGAUGCCCUUUCCACCUGAGCCCUGGCAGGGUGUACGGAAUGCAACGAUACAGUCUUGUGCCUGUGUCCAGUCCCAGCUUGACCAGCAUUACAUCAGGGACCAUGACCCAGACUUCGAUGGUCAGACCAGCGAGGAUUGUCUCUAUCUUAAUAUCUACGUACCCAUCAGGCACGAAAGGGUUGGUAGAUGUCUGUGUGUGCGUGUGGACGUCGGUUUGUGUGUGGACAUGUGUGUGGGGUUGGACGUCUGCGUGUGGGGGGUGGACGUCUGAGUCUAUUGUUGGACGUUUGUGUGGGUGGAUGUCAGUGUGUGUGGUUAGACGUCUAUGAGUGUUUGUGGGGAUUUAUGUGUGUGUGGAUGUCUCUGUGUGUGGAAAUCUGUUUAUGUGUGUGUGUGUGGGGGGGAGGAAUUUCUGUGUAUGUGGUGAAUGAAGGUGUGUGUAGGUGGCUGUGUGAUAUGGAAUGACACGUGACGUCUGCGUGUGAAUGUGUGUGUUUUGGUCAACGUGGAGGGUGUGUGGGACAACUGUAUUUGUGGGUGGAGUAUGUGCAGGAGUGUGUUGAACCUUUAGGUGUAAAGACCUUCUGAAUCUUUUUGUUGUGCGGGUGCAUAUAGAAUAUUAAAAUAGAUUGAGAAAGGGAUGACCCCUUACCAGUCAAUAUUUCGUAGACAUCUGAAUCAUCCCUUCUUUUCUUGACAUAAACAAUUAAUAAGUUAACCCUUUCGAUGUCUGUAGAAGCUCUCAGUAGCGAAGUGAAUGUUUUCAUGUUGCUUAUGUCACCGUUUGGAAGUGUACAUGGAGCUGCUCGCUAUGACUACAGUUAGUCUAUUCUGUAUCCAUUUAAGACAGGUACUGGAGCCGCCCCUCUUACCUGUAAUAGUCCACAUUCACGGCGGAUCCAAUGAAGCCGGAAUGGGCGCCAUGCUUCACGGAGACGCCCUGGCCAGUGAGGGUAAUCUGAUCGUGGUCACCAUGAACUACAGACUUGGGGUGCUAGGUAAGAUCACCAUGAACUACAGACUUAGGGUGAUAGAUAAGGUCACCAUGAACUUCAGACUUGGGGUGCUAGGUAAGGUCACCGUGAACUACUGACUUGGGGUGCUAGGUAAAGUCACCAUGAACUACAGACCUGGGGUGCUAGGUAAAGUCACCAUGAACUACAGACUUGGGGAACAAGGUAAGAACGCUGGACGUUUCAACAGGUCAUGUGUAGCAUGUGACUUGAUUGCAUAUAAUGCAACACACGAUUUGGGACUAUCGCGGAGUGAUAGCUGUGUGGUGUGACCUUCUUGGUUACUGGAGGGGUUGGCAUGGGGUGUGACCUACUUGGUUACUGGAGGGGUUGGCAUGGGGUGUGACCUUCUUGGUUACUGGAGGAGUUGGCAUGGGGCUUGACCUUCUUGGUUACAGGAAGGGUUGGCGUGGGGGUGUGACCUUCUUGGUUACUGGAGGAGUUGGCGUGGGGGGGGGUGUGACCUUCGUCGUUACGGGAGGGGUUGGUGGGAUACUGGAGGAGUUGGCAUGGGGCUUGACCUUCUUGGUUACAGGAAGGGUUGGCGUGGGGGUGUGACCUUCUUGGUUACUGGAGGAGUUGGCGUGGGGGGGGGUGUGACCUUCUUCGUUACUGGAGGGGUUGCUGGGUGAGGACUUUCUCGGAACGUCGUGGGAGAGUGUCCAGGUGAUCUUCUUCGUUACUAGAGGGAAUGCGUUGGUGAAAGGCACUAGAGCGGUCAUCGCUAGCCGUGCGAUAGUUUCUGAACAUUGUUAGGGAGGGUGUGGGUAAAGGGAGGGGUCACUUAAUGUCCAUGGAUACGUGUAACAUCUCAUUGUCCGCAGGUUUCCUGAGUGCCCCCCAUCUGGACAUCACAGGGAAUUAUGGCUUAUAUGACCAGGCUCUCUCCAUGCUGUGGGUCAAGGAGAACAUCGACAAAUUUGGCGGAGAUCCGGAUAAGGUCACAUGUCAAGGUCAUAGCGCAGGAAGUUCAGAUGUCGGUUUCCACGUCCUUUCGCCAAUCUCUAAAGGUAAAUUAAAAAGAACAAUUCCAGCCGUUUUGUUAACAAGACAUUGUACGUUUUAUAUUCCGUUCUCAAUACCGGAAUUUAAAUUAAGGCGAGAACAGAUUGAGAAUCACUGAUUUAAAUAAAUGUACAAUUUCCACCGUGAUCAGAGAAGGUAAUAUAAUAAUAUUGUAAAAAAUUGUUCCUUGUUUGUGAAUCUACUGCAACAUCAAAGUCGCCCCACGGCUACUCCAUAUCUACUCCAUCCAAACUAUCAGGUCUCUUCCGGUCAGCUAUACUCCUCAGUGGGUCACCUACUGCCUUCUGGGCUCUCAUACCACCGUCCAGUCCAACGGAGGAACGGUCCGGCCCCAACCGCCAUCUGGAAAACCUGGGUUGUUACUUCGGCACCGACAAGACGCAAACCUGGAGUUGUCUUAGGGAACAAAACAUUUCCAAGUUUUACGACAUUUCGUUUCAUGUAGGUUGGUGUCAAGGGUUGAUACUAUAGGUUGGUGUCAAGGGUUGAUACUAUAGGUUGGUGUCAAGGGUUGAUACUAUAGGUUGAUGUCAAAGGUUGAUAAUAUAGGUUGGUGUCAAGGGUUGAUACCAUAGGUUGGUGUCAAGGGUUGAUACUAUAGGUUGGUACUAUAGGUUGGUGUCAAGGGUUGGUACUAUUGGGUGGUACUAUAGGUUGGUGUCAAGGGUUGGUACUAUUCGUUGGUACUAUUGGUUGGUGUCUUGAGCUGUUGAUACUGCCGAGAUAAAGGUUGAUAGUUGAAAUUGUUAUUGCCAAGUAUAGAAAUUGUAGUUUUGUGUCAAGGGUCGAAAUUGUAGAUUGGUGUCAAGUGUCGAAAUUGUAGGUUGGUGUCAAGGGUCGAAAUUGUAGGUUGGUGCCAAGUGUCGAAAUUGUAGGUUGGUGUCAAGGGUCGAAGUUGUAGGUUGAUAUCAAGUGUCGAAAUUGUAGGUUGGCGUCAAGGAUCGAAAUUGUAGGUUGGAGUCAAGGGUCGAAAUUGUAGGUUGGCGUCAAGGGUCGAAAUUGUAGGUUGGUAUCAAGUGUCGAAAUUGUAGGUUGGCGUCAAGGAUCGAAAUUGUAGGUUGGUGUCAAGGGUCGAAAUUGUAGGUUGGUGUCAAGGGUCGAAGUUGUAGGUUGGUAUCAAGUGUCGAAAUUGUAGGUUGGCGCCAAGGAUCGAAAUUGUAGGUUGGUGUCAAUGGUAUAUGUUGAUGGUUAUAUAUAUAGUAUUUAUGGUACAUAUAUACAGGCUGGCGUCAAGGUUUAUACUAUAGGUCGGUAGAUGGAGUUGAUCCUGGGGUGAUAAAAUUGGGUGCCAAGAAAUGACAUUGCGGGUGGAUGUCAAGGGUUGAUAUUGUAGGUUGAUGUCAAGGGUUGAUAUUGUAGGUUGAUGUCAAGGGUUGAUAUUGUAGGUUGAUGUCAAGGGUUGAUAUUGUAGGUUGCUUGCUCUUUUAAUUGUUAGUAUGAUUAAUAAUAAUUGAUGGACUCCAUUAAAGUUGUGAGAUAUAAGAACAAGGUUUGCUCAACUGAAUAAAUAGACAGGACAAAAGAUUUGGACGUUUAGGCUCAAAGCCUUAAUCAGCAAACUCAACAAAUAGAAGUAGAAGAAGUAACAAAGCAAAGUAAAAAAAAAAACUAUGGAGGUCUCCUAUGUAGUUGCCGGAAGUAGGAUCCUGUCUAUUCACUCAAGUUCAGCAUACCUUGCUCUUAUAUUUCAUAGUGUGAUUGACUUUGUUCAAGUCCAAUUCACCUCUUGUCUCUCGCUUCCCAGCAUUCUGACGGCUACUUCACGUUUGCACCAGUUGUGGACAAUCAAUUCCUACUGGCCGAUCCAAAGAAUGGAAUAGAAGGCCCCGUCAACGCCAGGACGAUCAUGAUUGGCGUGGUUCGUGACGAGGGCUCCUUGACAGGUGAGCCGUGCGAUGUUCUACAGCAGGAACGCAACUUCUUUUUUUACAUUUCCUUGAAUUUUGACUAAAUCCUACAGUAUAGGUAGGCACGUAAAUAGAAUACGGUGUCGCUACGAAAUGGACAUUGGUUACCUUAUUUAAAUACCAAGCUGUCCUUGCGAUAACAGAAAUGUGUCAAUACUGAGCGUUGAUAGGAAAGAAAAACAACCUGUGUUUUUAGUUUAACUCGUUUAGGCAUCAUUUGCUUUCUAGACUUGUUUUCAGUCCUUUGUUACGUCUUGUUCACUCUACGCGCCAGGUCUUAAAACAGAUUUUUUUUCAAAUUUUCAAAACCUUAAAACGGGUACAUAAGAAAACCAUUUUUCUUACAUUUUGCAAAUUUGGGGAAUCUGUCUCCCUUAAAACUGAAAUUAUCAUUUAGAAUUAUAUCGUUUGUCCUCUCUUUGGCGGAAGUUUUCAUACAGUGUUGUUGUUGUUUUUUUACCUACAUCCGAAGCUAUCAUUCAGCAGCAUGUGCUGUCUCACCUUUAGCUAAGUUAUCAUUGAGUGUUAUGCCGAGGGGUCUUCCCUGCAGCUGAGGUUAUUUGGUAACAAAGUGCGUUGUCUCCCCCUAUAUCUGAAGUUAUCAUUCAGUAGCAAAGGGCGUUGUCUCCCCUACUGCGGAAAUUAUCAUUCCGUAACACGUGUUGUCUCCACUACACUACAGCUCAAGUUAUCAUUCAGUAACAUGUGUUGUCUCCCCUACAGCUCAAGUUAUCAUUCAGUAACAUGUGUUGUCUCCCCUACAGCCCAAGUUAUCAUUCAGUAACAUGUGUUGUCUCCCCUACAGCUGAAGUUAUCAUGAAGAACGAGAUCAAGAAGAAGAUCCUGGGCCGCUACCUGACGGGGAAACAACUCAUGAAGAACUACAAUGAACACAUCGAGCCAGUUGAAAGUUUUAACGAUUCCCUUUACAGACAGUUUGCAUCGCCACCCAUGAGACCAUACACGUCAUAUUCUUAUAUAGAGGGUGAGUGGCUUGGGAUUUUGUUACAGAGCACGGAGUGUUUAAGUAGUUGGAGAUGGCUAAACAAACUUUGUGUUAAGCAAGCAGUUUACUUGUAUUCAAUUUUGUAUGCAUCACCAGCCAAGUAUAGCUAGCUCUUUUCUUGUAUUCGUAUGCACCGACAGCGAGGUCGAGCUGUUUUCUUGUAUAUUUAUGUAACUACGGCCAAGUCUAGCUGUCUGAUGCUGUUAGUGUCCAUUCAGACAGUUUUGCGUAACCCUAACCCUAAUCUGUAUUUUUGACAAUUGUAUUGGUUUGUUCCCUCAGAUUUGUCCUAUUACGUCUACAAGCCGUGGUCGGAUCCUGAUAACGUCACAGCUGGGCUGAUCGCCUUAUCUGAUGUAGGAAGACGGUGUUGCCACUGUUUGCUGUUACAUGGCUGUUACGUUGCUGUUACGUGGUUGUUACAUGGCUGUUAAAAGGCUGUUACAUGGCUGUUACAUGGAUGUUAAAUGGCUGUUACAUGGCUGUUACAUGGCUGUUACAUGGCUGUUACAUGGCUGUUACAUGGCUGCUACAUGGCUAAUACAUGGGUGUUACAUGGCUGUUACAUGGCUGUUUAUGGCUGUUACAUAGCUGUUACAUGGCUAUUACAUGGCUGUUACAUAACUGUUACAUAGCUGUUACAUGGAUGUUCCAUGGCUGUUACAUGUUUGUUAUGUGGUUGCAACAUUGCUGUUGCGUAGCUGUUGCAUGGCUGUUACAUUGUUGUUACAUGGUUGUUGCAUGGCUGUUAAAUGGCUGUUACAUGGCUGUUACAUGUUUGUUAUGUGGUUGUUACAUUGCUGUUGCAUAGCUGUUGCAUGGCUGUUACAUUGUUGUUGCAUAGCUGUUAAAUGACUGUUACAUGGCUGUUACAUGGCUGUUAUGUGGUUGUUGCAUGGCUAUUAAAAGGCUGUUAAAUGGCUGUUACAUUGUUGUGACAUGGCUGUUACAUGGCUGUUAAAUGGCUGUUACAUGGCUGUUACAUGUUUGUUAUGUGGCUGUUACAUUGCUGUUGCAUAGCUGUUGCAUGGCUGUUACAUCACUCAAUCUCGGGGACAAUUCAACCCUUUAUAAUCAGUAGGUCAACGGUGACCUACGCUGACCCUUGCGUGACCUCUGCCGGUCAAAUCUGGCGUCUCAAUUUUGAUCCACUACCUGAUAUCCAAAUGAGCUGAAACUUUGAACACUUACCCACCCCCGAUGACAAUAUAACCCCGUCAUGAUCAUCGGCCACCCAUUUGGUACUUUCGUAAUGAGGGGGGGGGGAGAUGGAUGUCAAUUUUGGAAAUUUUGCGUAGGCGUGCGUAUGACCCGAAAGAUCAUUUUACGUACGCAAAGGGUCUUGUCAAAAAAAAAGUGCACAUGCCAAAGGGGGUAAAGGGGAUGGAAAUUGUUACUUUCUCGAAUACGUACUCUAUGGAUGGCCCCUUAGUAGGCUACCAGUGACCCUCACUGGCACUUGAGUGACCUCUGCGGGGCAAAUCUUGCAUCUCAAGAGAACAGAAGACGUAAAAGAGGAGCACUUAAUUGCACAGGACACACAGGACACACAGGACACACAGGACACACAGGACACACAGGACACACAGGACACACAGGACACACAGGACACUGUUGGCUCUACAAUAAACUAGAUUUGAUCAUCAAAAGAUUUACCGACAACCCUGGAAACAUCUGUAGUAAAGAGAAAGACGGGAUCCGGUGACGCCUUGUGAAAGUCAUGUGACUUGCCUACGACACUGAAUGGCUACUUCGAUGUUAGGAAACAUGUAUGACUAUUGGUAUGGCUUCUUUUCGAGCAGCACCCCUAAACUCUCCUGGGGGCACAUUACUGUGUGGCGACUCACAGUUUGGAGAGCACUGCAGUGGACAGUAGAUCAUUGGACAGUAAAGCAGUAGACAGUAGAUCAUUGGACAGUAGAGCAGUGGACAGUAGAUCAUUGGACAGUAGAUCAUUGGACAGUAGAGCAGUGGACAGUAGAGCAGUGGACAGUAGAGCAGUGGACAGUAGAGCAGUGGACAGUAGAGCAGUGGACAGUAGAGCAGUGGACAGUAGAGCGUUGGCUUUCCGAACUACUGGGACCCGGUGGUGGGGGUGGUUUGUAAAAAAAAAAAAGGGGGGGGGGGGGGGUGUUGGUUUUUAAAAAAAUAUCUGAUAAUCGAACUGUCCUUCGGAAAAACUGUGUCAAAGAAUUUAUUACAUAGAAUUAAUUUUUUUUUUAACUUUAUCUUGAUACACGAUUGGUGCUCUAGGUAAAUCAGUAAUCAAUAAGACGCGAACAAAUUGUGUCAAUUUAACAAUAUAAGUUACGCUUUAAUAAUAAAUAUACAUUAUAGGGCCUACACAAGUAAACGUUUCGGCACAUGUCUUCAUCAGUACAAACAAACAAAACACAUUUAAAUAAGUAUAAAUUAAAUUUGAAUAAUAUAAAUAUACAUAUCCUACCUUUAAAAAGAAAAAAAUAGGAGAGGGCGCUAAAACCAUACAAAAACAAAGUAAAGAGGUUAACUGUUUUAAUCACACCGUACUGUAUUGUGGGGUGAGCUGAUUGAUUUCCAACACCGAUGAGGACUGUCUGUUUUUCUUUUUUUUUCAAGGAAAAGAUGGAUUCGUUUUUCAAAAAUAGCAGACUGGCGCUAAGGAUAAAAAAAAUUACGAGGGUCACUUUUUCUUUGGUUGUAUGCUCCCUUCUUCUUAUAUUACUUAAAAUGUUUACAGAUCGGUACAGUAAAUCUCUAGAUUUGACCAGGAAUGUACAGCAUGAGAUACAACCGGUGUUGGUAAGGGAAGGCUCCGAGCCACGCACUUUGCGUACUAUGAUUAUAAUUUUUAUUUAAAAAAUGUCAAUUUAUUUUUUUUUUAAAGGAGGGGCAGUUCAGAUAACCGACGUUUCGAAUAAUUAAAGUUCGGAAAAUCGACGCUCUAAUGUAUUUGUCAAUGGCUUAUUUAAUCAGGCGUAUUAGCUCAGGCGUAGUAAGUCAACCGUCGUGUUUUUUUUAAAAUAAAUAUAUAUUAUUAUUAUUUUUGGGCUUAGUUUGAAUUUCAUUAUAGACAGCAUAUAAAUAUACAAUACAGAAGUUAUGGGAUCACUGCAUUCUGCAAUGCUUGAAAGCUCAGUUCCUAAAUCGAUCAAAGCUAAUGCCAGCAUCGCCAGGGUUCUGUUACGGUAGCCAAAUAAUAUUUCCUGUUUCCUAUUAUAUCACAAUUGAGAGACAAGUUUAACAUAUUUAUGGAAUGCCUGCAAUUUUUUUACUCCUCAUGUCUGUGACGCCAGCUCGUGGGGGACGCCACCUUCACCGCCCCGGCCAUUGACCUGGCGGACAGACUGGCCGCCGUCGACGACCUUGACCUUUUUGUGUACAGCUUCGAGCACAGGUCUCCCACCUCACGGUACCCCCUGUGGAUGGGUAAGUGUGCAUGACGUCACAGUUUACUCAUGUCGUCGGAUUAGGUGACUCACCAGCAUGACGUAACAACGCACACGUGACGUAACAACGCACACGUGACGUAACAACGUACACGUUAUGUAACAACGUACACGUGACAUAACAACGGACACGUGACGUAACAACGGACACGUGACGUAACAACGCACGCAUGACGAACUUUUGACUACACGAGAAUGUCUAGAUGUAAUGACUGAAGCAAGGGAGAUCAAAAUUUGACAAGUGACAAUGAUAUUGUUUUGACAAAUUUGGUGAUGUUCCUUAGUGAACCUGUCUCCAAUACCCCCCCCUCAAGCCACCCCCACCCCCACCCCACCCCCCCCACCCACACACAAAACUAAAUAAAUACAAGGUAACUGUCCAAAAAUUUUGAAGGAGUUAAAUUUGAUAACUGAUAAUUUGGUAUAAGAUAAGACAGCAGGGCAAAACUGUUGGACCAGUAUUGACAAUAUUCUUUUAUCUUCUGACCAAGAAAGGUAUAAAGUGUGUCUUAUUUCCCGGUACAAGACUUUUAUUUUUUUAAAAGAAGAGAGUAAUGCACUUUUUUUAUACUAUUAACUAAAGUAUUUAUUAUUUCUAAAAUAGUAAAUAUCAUCAUUUUAAAAAGAGGAAGACUUUUCUGAUGAAACGUACAGAUGGGCUUAGAGAUAAAUCACGUCUUUUGAAAGAGGUUACAGAGAUGAUAGAUUGGCAAUGAAGACAUUAUCUCUAUUUACUUUUUUUUUUUUAAAUCAAAAUUUUUCCAGGUGUCCCCCAUGGCGAUGACCUCUUCUAUUUAUUUGGAUGUCCCAUAGACGGUCACCCUCUGCGGAACUACACGGAACUGGACGGACGGGUCAGCCAAGGAUACAUUCAGCUGUGGUCAAAAUACGUCUACUCUGGGUAUGAUAAGCCCACUGGGUAUGAUAAGCACACUGGGUAUGAUAAGCCUACUGGGUAUGAUAAGCCUACUGGGUAUGAUAAGCCCACUGGGUAUGAUAAGCACACUGGGUAUGAUAAGCCUACUGGGUAUGAUAAGCCCACUGGGUAUGAUAAGCCCACUUGGUAUGAUAAGCCCGCUGGGUAUGAUAAGCAAACUGGGUAUGAUAAGCCCACUGGGUAUGAUAAGCCCACUGGGUAUGAUAAGCCCACUUGGUAUGAUAAGCCCACUGGGUAUGAUAAACACACUGGGUAUGACAAGCCCACUGGGUAUGAUACCAAAACUGAGUAUGAUAAGCACACUGGGUGUGAUACCAAAACUGAGAAUGAAUAGAACACAUCUCCUGAUGCAUUUUAAUGAUGUAAGAAAUAAUUCACAUUUGACCUGAAAUGACUCGUACGCAAAAGUCCCUUAGAGACUGUACACUGUACACCAAUAUAUUGCUUUUAAACAACGCCCGGGGUGUCUUCCUGCUUCCUUCUUAAUCAUAAUCAGGAGGAAUUCCAAACGUGUGAGAAUGCCCCUAUAAUAAACUCGUGUUGUAACAUUCAUUCAUUCUUUUGUGAUUAUAUGAAUUAGAGUCACCCAUAGGCAUACUUACAGCCAAAAACAUAGCCAUAAACAUAGUCAAAAAUAAAGUCAAAAACAUAGUCGUAAAACAGUCAUAAAACAAAGUCACAAAACAUAGUCAUGAAACAUAGUCGUAAAAUAUAGUGAUAUAGUAUAGUCAUAAAACAAAGUAAAAAAAAAAAACAUAGUCCAAAACAUAGUCAUAACACAUAGUCAUAAAACAUGGUCAUAAAUAUAUUUUCAUGAAACAUAGUCAUAAAAGAUAGACAUGAAACAUAUUCAUAUAAUAUAGACAUAAAACAAAGUCACAAAACAAAGUCAUAAAAGAUAGUCACAAAAGAUAGUCAUGAAAUAUAUAGUCAUAUUAUAACAUAGUCAUAAAAUAAAGUAAAAAACAUAGUCCAAAACAUAGCCAUAACACAUAUUCAUGCAACAUAGUCGUAAAAUAUAGUCAUAUAGUAUAGUGAUAUAAUAUCAUAAAACAAAGUCAUAUAAAUAACAGAGUUAUAAUAGUCAUAAAACAUAGUCAUAAAAUAUAGUCGUGGGAAUAUUUGAAAUCAGUUAUCACCUUAGAUUCAACACGUUUAUUGUUACAGACUUUGUGUGUCUGUUGUCAAUUAGUGUUAAAAGUUUCCAUUAUCUAACAUCAGGUGGCCCUCAGAUGACAAAGACUCCACUCAGAUCCUACCGUACACGGAAGGCAAGAGUUACAUCCGGGUCAGCAGCAACACUACAGAUCUGGUCAUCACCAACGGAAGGUACCUGCGAGAUCGCCAUAUUGCUUACUGGAAUCACCUACUUCCGACUCUGAUGGGAGGGGCGGUGAAAGUAAAGGGAAGGAACCGGUCUUUAGUACUGUGGGGGCUGACCGCUGCUUGUCUCCUCUUGUUCGUUUUAUGCCUGAUCCUGCUAGGCUGUCUAGUCCAUUAUAAGAGGAAGGUCAGAGGUCGUAGUAUAGUCAGCUCUAGGAGAGAUGAUGACGCAGGCAAGGUACCAAUGCUGUUUAAUAAAUAGACGAAUCUCAAUUACUUUUUCCACAUUCAAUAAUAUUUCUUUCCUUAACCAUUUUCAUAACAUUUAUAAUCAGACUCAUAUGUAUGUACUUGUUUUUUACUAUUCAAAUCCCGGUUUAAAAUAUUUCGAAAAAAAACUUUUUGUUUGAUGUCUUUUUGAUAAUUACGG